GAGAAGAGGGAACUGUGAUCGAAAAGGUGCAAGAAGUGUUGGAAACACACGGAAACACCGCGCGAGCGCCCAGCGUGGGAAACCCACGUGCGGGACAUUAUCCUGCAAACUUGUCCAGAGUUAUUGCAGCGCGCGCGGCGGACGGACCGGACUCGAGGAAGACCGAAAAAAAAAAAAAACUCCGGGAUGGUCGAGGACUCCCGCCUCCCUCGCGCCGGCGGCACGAGAAUCACGCGCCAUUGAGGAGGGGUGAUAUCGCGUGCAUGCGCUUUGGCUGCGCUACGUGCACUCACACGGGUCGGUCGAUGCUCGCGCGGCCUGGCGUGGCUCUCGGCCUCCAUUUGCCUCUCCGUGUUUACCUUCGACGGAUUCACCGAUGCGCCCCCGAGCACGGCGCGCAACAGUUUGGAGUUUCGCCGCGGACCUCGUUGUUGUGUCGCUCGCGCAGACCACGAGGCGUUCAAGAUGUCGGAUGCAGAGCGGCGUUCGGAGCCGUCGGUCAUGUCUGCUCCGGGCUCCCAGCCUCCAUCCAUGGAGGACAACCUCGCAGUGAACGAUGAGGAGGGGGGCCCUCCUGAUGUCCCCCUUUCCGCUCCGCCAGCCUCCAUCCCGUCUUCAGCGCCCCCUUUUCCAAACGCUGCAAAGCCCAGUUCCACCAUGGAGGCGGCGACUGAGGGCAAAGCCGUGUCGGUGGCGAGUAACGGCUGCCGCUCCGCCGCCUCCUCGCCCGCUGAAGCCAGCCCCGCCAAGCCUGCUGAAACGACCACUUUAGACGACGCUGCUCAAACAAGCCCAGCUACCUCACACAUGGCGUCGGCCUCGGACUCCCUGGAGCACACGGGGACGAGCUUUCUCAGCAUAUCGGAGUCGCCGCCUUCGUUGUCUUUGUUGCCGUCCUCCGAAUUCGACAGUCCAGAAUCGGGGACGGACCACCCCAAGGUGCUGACCUUCAAAGGCGUGAGCGUCACACUGGAGAACGACAGCGUCUGGAAGAAGUUCUACGGCUACGGCACGGAGAUGAUUCUCUCCAAGCCGGGCCGCCGCAUGUUCCCGUACUGCCGCUAUCGCCUGUCCGGCCUCGAUCCCUCGCUGAAGUACAGCCUGGUGCUCUCCAUCGUCCCGUGGGACCAGCACCGGUACCGCUGGAACAAAAACCAGUGGGAGGUGAGCGGAGCAGCAGAGCACCAGUUCCAGGGUCUGAUCCGAAUGUUUCCCCACCACAACUCGCCCUGCCUCGGCUCCGAGUGGAUGAGCAACCUGGUGUCUUUUUACAAGCUCAAGCUGACCAAUAACUUCCAGGACCGGGACAAGGACCACAUCAUCCUGCACUCUCUGCACCGCUACAUUCCCAGGCUGCACGUGAUACCCGUCCCGCAGGACAUCGGACCCACGGCCGGCGGGCCGGUGGUUAUGGGACCCGAAAGCAUGACUUUCACUUUCCCGCAGACGCUGUUCAUGGCCGUGACGUAUUACCAGAACCUGCGGAUCACUCAGCUGAAAAUCCAUUUCAACCCGUUCGCGAGGGGAUUCAAGGACUACUGGUUAAACUCCCGCUCGCUGAGGGGCCAGGCGGCGAAGGAGACGGACGCCACGCAAGUGCCUUCAAAUCCUGAUGAGACGAAAGAAACAAACAAGGAGGAAGCUGUAGAUCUGAGCAACACGAGUUGCAGCGACUCCUCUCCUCUCACAAACGUGCUGGAAACCCGCCUGGUGCCCAUCAUGUCCAACGCUGCCUGUAAAGACGAGCCUUACACGCCCUGCAUGCAGGGCAGGUGCGCUCUCGGGGAGCUCGUCCUCGUCGAAAAAAGCCCGCCGGUCGUCAAGAAGGAAGAAGACGACCCCGUCAGCAUCACCCCGGCAUCCCCCUCACGGAGGGAAUCGGAGACGCCGGCGGCGUCGCCCAAAGCGAGCUCCGAGACCUCGGCGUCCGUCACGUCCACGCCGGAAACGUCGCCCGGGCACCGCAGGAGGAAGAAGUUCAACAGACGUUGGACACAUUUCUAUGCAAGACGGAGUAAAGCCUCCCCCGCUGCCGUCCACGGCUCGUCACCGACGGCGUCGACGCAGCCGGAGACGGAUGACGUGGAGGGAUUGCUGUUUGUGUCGUUCACCUCAAAGGAGGCCCUCGAGUUUCAUGUCAGGGACAGGCCAGCCGCGAACGCGCCACCACACACUCCGCUUUUCCCAUCGACAGCGGCGCAGUUGAAGGAAACGAUGGAGAUUAGGGCCGAACCCGACGACGACGACGCCAGGAUCGCCGGGCUGGAGUCCGUCCUGCUGAAUGACCUCCGAGUCCUCAAGCACAGACAGGUCAUCCAUCCCGUGCUGCAGGAGGUGGGCCUGAAGCUGAGCUCUCUGGAUCCCACCCAGCCCAUCGACCUGCAGUAUCUGGGAGUCGCUCUGCCGCUGCCUCCCCCAAAAUGCUCCGAUGGAAGCCUUCUUUCUGCCCGCAAUAAGGGGUUGCCCUUCAUCUCCCGAACAGGGAAGACGAGUGACGUAACAAAAAUAAAGGGCUGGAAGAGCAAAUUCAUGACCAGCAGCGAAGCCUCUUCGUCUAGCUGUGAAGGAUUACAGAAGAAUCUCUCCGCCUUCUGCAGCAACAUGCUGGACGAGUAUCUGGAAAGCGAGGCUCAGCAGAUCACGGAGCGCGCCGCCGCCUUCUCCACCCACCCGGAGGGCUCGGUGACCUACCAGCUGCCGGAGAAGAGCUGCAGCUACGUGAAAACCCUGGACAGCGCGCUGAAGCACCGCAGCGCCGCGUCCGGCUUCCCGCCGAAGAGCGGCAGGCCCUGCCCGCUCUCCCACAAGCCGCCGCUGUACUGUGCUCUCACGUCGACCCCCGCCUCGCCGGACGGACCUGCGAACGCCUGGAGGGCAGCGGCGCCGUCCAGCUCGGCGUUCGGUCAGAAACCAGCGGCGAGCUUCAUUCCGAGGCGGCGGAAAGUGCCGAGGCCUUUCGGACUCAAUAAGUUCCAGCUCCGACUGUGGGAGGCGGAAAUGGGGACGCUGAAUCAGGGCCUGAGCAGAACGUGUCUGACUGCCGACAGACUGUCCGUGGCGCUGUCUGUACUGGUGACGAAGCAGACCGAACCCGGUCGGACAUCGAAGGUGCUUCCGAAGAAGCCGUCUCUGGGAUCAGACUGUCAGGAAGUCCACUGCAGGCUGGGCUGUGUGUGUCCCGGCGAGGAGCGUCUGGACCGGGACCCGCUCCACUGCAGGAAGCCUGAAUGCAUGCUCCACUGCUCCUGCUCGCCGCUGAGCGCCGCCGAGCCGCCCGCCGCCGAGGGAGGAAGCCAGCAGCACAUCAGUCCCGCUUCCCCUGUAGCUAAUAUGGACCAUGUGGUCCGGCCUCGCCCAGACUCCCACACUAACACACUGUGGAACCGCAGCGCUCAGGAUGAGGAUCCAGAGCCACUUUUCAUUCCGAAAUGUUCCCAAAACAUUACAGAAGACAUCAGAGUACCUCCUCAUACGCAGCCGACAAAAGAAGAGGACAAGGAUCCCAUCUAUCGAUAUUUUGAGAGCAUGAUGACCUGUGCACGCGUCCGAGGGGUCAGCCCAAGGCCUCCUCGACAGCUCCGCGCACAGCUGCCGAUCGAUGCUGUUCCUGAACCAAAUGCCAGCAGAACCCAGCCGAAGGGGAAACCUGACGUCCAGGCGGAGAACGGCCGCAGCGCCAGACCUGCGGCCGCUAAAGAAGCAGCGAACAGCGAAAAAGACAUAAAGAAACAGAUCCAGAUCCAGUCCUUGUGUCCGUGGCAGAAAGACCGCCAGCUGAUCCUGCAGGCCUUGAUUUCACGCUUGAGCCAGGAUCGACUCUCUAAUCGUUUCCACGUCGGAUCGUACUGCAUCAACCCGAUCGACAAGAUCAGCAUGCGGAAGCCCAGCGGCACCAUCAUCAGCUACAGGGUACAAAUCGGUGUUCGGUCAAAGGACAGCGACGACGAGGACGAGGACGGAUUUGCCAACGGCGAGGAGGAGGAAGAACAGGAGGAGGACCGCGCUGAAGAGCCGGAGAAUUUCUUUGGCGUGACACCGUUCCUGAGUGGAGUGAUGCCUGCUGGGAAACUUAGAGUCAUGAGGAAGUCUCCCGAGUGCCCAGAACAGGGAUUCGUACAGGUCAAUGGGAAAUGCUACAAGCACGCUAAGCUGAUGCUGGGAAGCAUCGGGUCUCUGCAUCCAGCCAACCGCCUCGCCGCCUUCGUCACAGGCAGACUGAAAAUCCCAAAAGUGUUCCUGAGAAGCAGUCAGGAGGCAGACGACACACACCAACGCACCGCUUUUGAAAACCUUCACAGGAAAGCUGCGGACUCGGCGGUCUCUCCUGCGAUCGCUGCAAGACGCAUCUCGGAUCUGAAGACACUAACGCAGCCACAAGGUCAGUCAGUUCAGCCCGACACUUUGGGGAAAGGAUCUGUCGCCUCUGUGCAGAAUCCUCCGGUCUGUUCGGUCGCGUCGGGCCAGCAGCACCUAGGCGGCCCCCUCCAGAGCGGCUCCUCGCCCUCGCCCAUCUCCCUCACCGUCUCGCCCUCGCUGAAAAGCCCCAGCUUCCUGGAGCAAAGCGGAACGUAUUCGUUCAGGAUCUGCCCGCCGUCCAACCAGAGCGCCGGCGCCCAGAAGCUGCCGGGCGUCUCCCUGCCCGGAGGCUUCACGCUCAUCCAGCUGCCGCAGCGCGGAGCUGAAGGAGCAGCGCGGCGGCCGGCGCCUCUGGGCGCCGCCCCGCCGCCGCCGAACCGGUUCAGGCAGUUAGCGGCAUCCUGGCUCGGCGCGAAGACUCAGGAUAAAAUCCGGAGUCUGCUGAACGGCAGGUCGGAGCCCGGCGCCGCCGCCGCCUCCGAGACCAUCGGUGACGAGCCGAAGCCGCCGGAGGGCGACGAGGCCAGCAGCCCGCCAGAGUCGCACCCGAGCAGCCAGUCGGAGGACUCCAGCUCCGACUCCUCCGAUUACUCCGACGACUGCGAUGAAAAUGACGAGCUUGUGGACGUGGAAACUGUGGAGGAACACAGUCCGUCACUACUGGCUGCUCAAAUGAGGAAAAACGUGGUCUGGAGCAGGCAGCGCUCAAGUCUCUGUGAAACUGACAACAGCCCAGAAGACAACCCAAGACGCAAGAACCACACGGUGCUGGAGCGAGCCCGGCGGCAGGAGCAGCGCAAUCUCUUCAGGAAGCUCGGCAUGGUCCUGAAGUGCGACCCCAAAUCCGCCAGGCUCACUAUUCUCUGCCGGGCUUUGGAUGAAAUCCGGAAUCUGAAGAAGGAAUCUGAAGCUCUGAAGCACAAAAAGAGUAUGCUCGCCGCGAGGCAGUAUCUCUAUCUAAAGAGGCUUUCUUCAUUGUCAGGCAAGUCUCCGGCCCAGAUUAAAAACAAGCUGACUGAGAUCUGCGAAAGGCAGAAACUGAAGAUGUCCCAAAUGCAGUUAAUCUCCAGACACGUCCAGUCCAGAGCCCCACAGCUGCUAACCACGGCUUCCCAGCCGCGCCCCGAGCCCUCAGCACCGGCGAAGGUUGGAAACGGGACGAGUUCUCAGGCCAGUAUGCCCAUGAUUCCAGCCCACGACAAAAUACGCAAGAUUUUAUUCAUGCUUAAGCCUCAUCUGCACAAGACGCUGACGGACUCCUAUGGAAAAACAAACGCUCCUCCGCCGGCGUCCUCGGCCAGUGCGCCCUCGCCGGCGGGAAACGCCGAGCCAGGCGAGGUUCUGGAUUCAGUCAAAGCCGGUCAGCAGCAGACAAAAGCAGACGACAAGCAGGAGCCGUCUGGAGAGACUCCGGAGCAGAAGACGAGCGCGGCCGAAAUCCCAAAGCUGCUGCGAUCUCCCUCAGAUGAAACGUCCAAUCAGGCGUCUUCAUCUUCAAUAAAACCAGAGAACAAGCCUCAAGAAGCCGCUCCAAAGCCAAUUACUCUUCCUCUGAUUCGCACCAAGACCGGCAGAAUCAUACUUCCUUCUUGUCUGAAGCCGUUGGGAAAUGGAUUCUACACACUCAUGGUCAUGAAAUCCAAGGGCAACGACCAAGUAGCACUGACCGUUAGAGCCGACGUGUCCAAGAACCCAGAGAAAACGCCGACGGAAUCUCACCAGCCUGGAGGAAGUGAAACUAGCAGAGUUUCAGAGGCGAAAGAUACAUCUUCAGAUCUUCAGGACCCGAAGCCGUCGGGCGCGUCAAAUCCUCUGUCUGAGCUGGCUGUCCUCAACCAAUCACUGCCAGCUCCUGCAGAGGACCUGACAGCCCAGAGGAAAGGCUCGGCGCUGCUCACAGACGCAGAUAUGAACCAGAUUCUGGCGGCCACCCGCCUGACGGCUAAUCAGUUGCCUCAAAACCUGAACGACGCCUCAGCCGAACGGCGUGCGGUCUCCCCCCGAAAGAGCUCCGAACCCGAAACUCCGAGCCCUCUUCAGCCAAGCCGGGUCAAAGGGCAACCAGGGAAGACCGAAAACAAGACCCCCGCGUCGGCCAAACGCAGAGGCAGGCCUCCGAAACGGCGGUCGGACGAGCUCCUGAGUCCCUCGGGUCGAGUCAAGAGAGUGGGCCGUCCGUCUAAACCCAAAGAAGACGACCCGGAAAGUUCUCGCCGCAGGUUCAGGAGCCCUCAGGGCGACGGCGGACAGCACGACGCUUCGCGGCCACUGACGCGCGCCGCCUUAGGGAAGGACUUCCCCAGCGCCAAGAAACGCUCCUGGAUCGACAUGGAGAAGGAGCUGGAGUCUGACGUCGACGCCGAGUAGCCCCGGUCUCCCCACACAACCGCCCGACCUCAGAUAGUCUCACACUGAAACGCUCUCGGAAAGUCACCGAAGCCGCAGACGCCACUAAAAAGACCUCUUUACCAAAACGUGCCUGCACGACAAGCCAAAGGACCAGGGCUGCUGGUCGACGCUGCUCUUUUACCAGAAUGUCUGCACAGAACUGGAACUGCCCUCGUAUGAACACAAAGUAGCAUUGAAUGUAAGGAGGAAGUGUUUUCAUUUUCUCCAAGGCAGGCAUUAAAUCUCAUGUUACGAACAUUCAGGUUUGCAAUGAGACGUUGACAUUUAUUCCAAUUAUGCUGAAGAUUUUUCUGUCGAUUCUCGAAUGCAGGGGAGAAACUGUCCAGGUUAUGAAAGGGACUGGACAACACAUGGAAUUGGCUUAUUUUUCUUUGGGUUUCUUUUUGUUUGUUUGUUUGUUUGUUUUUUAUACUAACAGAAUCAAUCAUUUGUAGUUGCACUUUAUGUUAGAAUUUACAUGUAAUAAUUUUUUUCCUGUAGCCUGUAUAGUAACAAGCUAUAAUGAUUUUGCAGUGUCGGUUGGUGAUGGCAUGAUGAAUUAUUUCAAAUGUAAAGCGCCAACCACAUUAACAUGAAUUAUAUCGACCAUUUUUUUCUUUUUUCUUUUUUUUUUUUUUUUUUUUGUAUCUAAA